GAAGAUUGCUUGGCAUAUCAGCUCCAAUACUGAAUUCCCUUUGGAGUGGAGAAGGCAUCACAAUCGACUGUACCUCUGUAUCUAAACCGCGACCGUGGAGCCGACGAUACCCGCCAUCGUCGGUAACUCUUCACUCCCACCCAUCACCUGCCCAAUAUGAUUAAAGCGAUUCCAAAAUUCCCUUCUCCCCCAUAACCUCCCCACCCCGUGUAUUCCUCUCGCAACCAUGACUUCAAAAACGCCCCCAAUGCGCAUACUAUCGCGUCUUCUCCGCCCUCAACCCUCCACAAAACACUACUCCACCACAGCCCCCAACGCCCGUCUAAACGGCACCGUAGAAUACGCCACAACCCCCAUCCUCCACCACACAUCCAAGUCCGCGCUCUCCAACCCCGAACUACCCCCACACAUCCGCACCGGGCAAACCAAGCGCAUAAACCUCUACACCGCCGUCAACGAAGCUCUCCGCCACGCCCUCCAAUCCGACGAGCGCGUCCUCGUCUUCGGCGAGGACAUACAAUUCGGCGGCGUAUUCCGGUGCACGAUGAACCUCGCCGCCGACUUCGGCACAGAGCGCGUGUUCAACACGCCGUUGAGCGAGCAGGGGCUGGUGGGGUUUGCGAUUGGCGCGGCGGCUGAGGGCAUGAAGCCUGUUGCUGAGAUACAGUUUGCGGAUUAUGUGUUCCCUGCGUUCGAUCAGAUACAUAAUGAGGCGGCGAAGUAUCGGUUUCGGUCUGGGGCGACGGGGGUGCAUUGUGGGGGGUUGGUGGUGCGUAUGCCGUCUGGUAGUGUGGGGCAUGGCGCGCUGUACCACACGCAAUCCCCCGAAUCCCUCUUCACGCACACACCCGGCCUCCGCGUCGUAAUCCCACGCUCCCCCACCCAAGCAAAAGGCCUCCUCCUCGCCUCAAUCGCCUCCCCGGACCCCGUAAUCUUCAUGGAACCCAAGAUCCUCUACCGCGCAGCCGUAGAACAAGUCCCCAUCGAGCCCUUCACGCUCCCGCUCGACCGCGCCGAGAUCCUAAAACCCGGCACCGAUCUAACCAUCAUAUCCUACGGCACGCCGCUGUACACGUGCGCCGCCGCCAUCGCAAAAGCAGAGCAGGACUUUGGGUGUAGUGUUGAGCUUAUUGAUCUGCGUACUAUUUAUCCGUGGGAUCGCGAGACGGUGCUGGGUAGUGUGAGGAAGACGGGGCGCGCGGUCGUGGUGCAUGAGAGUAUGAUGAAUGCGGGGGUUGGGGCGGAGGUCGCGGCGUCGAUUCAGGAGAAGGCGUUUUUGAGACUGGAGGCCCCGGUUAAGAGGGUGGCGGGGUGGGCGACGCAUACGGGGCUUAUGUUUGAGCAGUUUGUUAUUCCGGAUGUUGCUCGUGUGUACGAUGCGAUCAAGCAGACGAUAGAUUACUGAGUUCUUGCAACGAUGGGACAAAAUUAGCUGGUUAUGUGUCUGUGAGUGUGAGUAUGAGUGUGAGUCUGUCUGUGUUGACACCGUGAUAUAAAUCCACUGGCCCCUUUCGUGUCUGGAUACAUACCCUCACACUACCCCCCGCAUAUUUCCACACUGUAGCAAGACUAGGGUAUAUCUGGUGUGAAGACUCGAAUGGAAUGGAACAGGACAUAACAGAACAGGACAGGACAUAACAGAGCAGAGUAUGCUCGUAAAAACCUCGUAAAUGUAACACC